CGGGGACACGAUGGGACGGUUGAGGGAUCCACCGAUGAGCUGCGAUCCUGGCAUGAAAACAGGAGAAGAGCUGGCGGAACAGCGUCCGGCACAACUUGUCCCUGAACGAAUGUUUCAUCAAGGCCGGGCGAAGCGACAACGGCAAAGGGCACUUCUGGGCCAUCCACCCGGCCAACCUGGAGGACUUCUCCAAGGGCGACUACCACCGGCGCCGAGCCCGGAGGCGCAUCCGCAGGAUGGCGGUGAACCUGAGCUGUUACCACCCCUACGCCUUCUACGGAUUGAGCUGCUGCCCAGGACGUCACUGCCUCUGCUGCCCUCCCUACGCGUACCCUGCUGGCCCCGGCCCUUCUGCGCAUUGCCAGCCUGGAUUCCCCCUUCUCCCUCUCUGCCCACCCGCCUCCCAGCGUCGCCCCUACCUUCCCGCGGGCGCCCACAAUGGCCUGCAGGAGAAGCAGCUCAGCUGGCCUUGGCACAGACCCCACUUCCAUCGCCCCCUGCAGGCUCAUCCGUACCUGUAGCCUGCGCUUCUCCAGCCUCCAGGGAGCCUUGUGCCACCAGGGAUUGUCUCAGCAAGGAGAUCGUUGGGUGCUUUUCCUCCUCUGCGUUGGAGCAGCCCCUGAACAGCUCGGCGGGGUCUGCCUUCGGGUCCUUGGGGCCUGGCGAGCCUCCCCUUUUGAAGAGGGUGGAGGUAGAGAAGUGACUUGGGAUUCUUGUGACUCCACCCUCGAGUAGCCCCACUCCAUCUGAGUCCCUCCAGCCAGGCGUUGGGCAGCGGCAGUAGCUGCAUACCUGCCCAGCGUCUUCAGCGGCUGAAUGCUGAUGGGCUGCCCUUCCUCACGGGCUGGAGCGUUUCCUCGGUGCUGCUCCUUGCUGCGUCCCUCUGGGGUUUUGAUCUCAAGACCAAUGGGGGCCCGAAAGCUCCAUAGCACCUCACUGCUGUUAAACCAGCAAUCGGACAGGCCCUCAGCCUGCCACCUUCCUAUAGGACAUCUGUCCACCUCUGUAUUGCUCCAGGGGCACGCAUGCAAUCCUCUCCACCCUCCCCUUCCCCGCCCGCUAAGUCUUCUGCAGCGUGCGCAGAAGCUCUGCAAAUUCUGGUCUACGAGUGCCUCAGCGUUGGCCACUCCUGCUCUGGGGGCCUAGGCCAGCGGUAAAGGGAAGCACAGAGCCUUUUGCAUCAAGCUCCCCAGCUCAAGCAUGGCUCGGCUCAGUAGCUGAUGCUUCGUGGGUGACUACAGUGCUGUGCUGCUGGGAGGCAACUGGCCCCGGCUGGGCAUUACCAUGAUAACCAGCUCUCUGCAUCACACAUCGUUCUCGUGGGCAGCCGCUGGAGACAAACCAAGGACUGAAUGGGGUGUGGAGUCUCCAUUCUCCUGCUGGGUCGGGGCCAGAUGCAGAGCAGUCCUGUACCAGGGAUUAGCACCAUGUCUUUAUCUUCAGCAUCGACGAUGUAACCUGCAUCCAUUGAGGGUGCUGCUCCGUUCCCCUCCCCAGGGCCGCCUGGGUCACAGAUAGGUGUUGGUGACCCAUCUGCACCUGUGGCAAGGGGCCAUGGGUCUAUCAGCCCAGGCAGCAGAGGGGCCUCUGUGUAGAGCCGGAGGUCCCACAUUCAAGCCCUGUUGCUAAUGACCAUUUCCGGGCUGCACCCUCAUGUGCACAAGCAAAACCAUUUUCCAGUUAGGCAACCAAUCCACUCAUAGGGCUGGGAAGCUGGGGCACCCCUGGCGGUGCAAACCCACGCUGGAGGUGGAGCCAGGUGUUUAUAGAGAGAAGGAGGCAGGGGUCUAAUAUACAGAAGUGUAUUUGUUCAACUAAGGGAACAUGGGAUGGAAGCACAGCUACCCUCAGUGUGCAAAGAACUUCACCUAGGAAGGAAAAAUCCACCCUGGCGCAUAACUGGCUAUGUGGCCGUGCUGCUGAAAAGGUUCCAGCAGAUCACGAAGUGAAUGUGAGUCACCAAUGUGCGAACAGCUGUGAAAAAGGCUGGUAUCUUCCUGGAAUAGAUUAACGGGAGCGUCGGAGUGACGUGGGAGGUAAUUGUCCUGCUCUCCUCGGCACCGGUGAGGAGCACGGGAUCCACUUGUGGGCACCACCCUGUAAUAAAGAUGUGAACAAAGUAGAGAGAGGCUGGAGGAGAGCGAGAGAAGGUUUAGAAAACCUGCUGAGAAAAAGGUUUAAAAAACAGGUCAGGUUUAGUCUUGAGAAAAGAUGACAGGGGCUGCGCGCAGACGUAAUAAGUCUUCAAAUCUGUUAAGGGCUGUUCCAAAGAGGACGGUGAUCAGUUGUUCUUCAUGUCCACCGAAGGCAGGACAAGAAGCAAUGGUCUUAAUCUGCAGCCAGGAGCGUUAGGGUGGAUAUUAGGGAAAAGUUUCUAACUCUCAGGGGAGUCAAGCUCUGGAGCAGGUUCCCAAGGGAGGUGUGGCAGCCCCGGCACGGGAGGUUUUUAAGAACAGGUGGGACAAACCCCUGUCAGGGCUGGUCGAGGUUGACUUGGUCCUGCCUCAGCGCAGGAGGUUGGAGUAGUUGACCUCCUGUGAUCCCUUCCACCCCUACAUUUCUCUAACUCUUCCCGUGCCAUGUACAGCCAGGCUGGGCCCAGCCCUUGUUAACGUGCUGCAGAGAACGAUCACCGGACGACUAGCAGAGACCUAGCAGGCUCUUAAUUCCCCAUGAGACUUUGUGGCAUUUUGGUUUAAACCAGGUAGUAACGUUCUACGUCUGCCUUGCGCUUUGUCUUGUUGGGUUUGAGUGGUCCCUUCCCUGCGGACGGACAGCCAGCGACCCCCCCCCCUCUUGUGUUAAUGCCUCUGACCCCGGCUGGCCUGUAAAGUCCUUCGGGCGGGUUUCCUUGAGGGGGAAGGUCUCGUGCAGCACAAACAUUUUGCAGACGUAGCCCCCCGUGACACUGGAGUGAAAUCGAGUGACCCCCCCCGCGUGGAAAUACACCCCCACACGGCCUUGUAUUAAAACCCUGU